AUGACAAAACGCCGGCCAAAAAACAAAAAACCAACGGGUUUGAAUCGUUCUUUAGGGAAUUGCUUAUUAAAUGAGCGUGAAAAAUUACGUCAACAAUGUCGGAAAAGACAACAAGCUUAUAACAGUGAGAAUAUGAUUGAAAUUGACAAGAAUGUGGCACAAAAUGUUGACUCCGUAAUCGAAGAAACAGGUCUAGAAGAAUUUCUGGCCAAGGCGGAGCUUGCUGGAACGAAUUUUGCAGCUGAGAGAGAACAAUUUCGUAUGCUUGAUUUGGAAAGUUCGAAAGUCGUUGUAAAAUCCAUAAAUGCCGCUCAGUCAAUGGAUGAGUUGUAUAAAAAAUAUGGUGACCGAUUACGGAUUCCUCGUCGACCACCGAAGGAAGCAUGUGAAACGGUGGAUGAUUUAAUACGAUUAGAAAAUGAGUAUUUUCUGGAAUGGCGUAAAAAUCUUGCUGAUUUACAAGAGAAUAAUGGUGUAUUGUUAACUCCAUUUGAGAGGAAUCUGGAGCUGUGGAGACAACUUUGGCGAGUCAUUGAACGGAGUGAUAUUGUUGUUCAAAUUCUGGAUGCUCGUAAUCCAUUACUAUUUCGGAAUUUGGAUCUCGAAGCGUAUAUUAAGGAAUGUGAUAUUGCGAAGCAAAGUAUAUACUUGAUCAAUAAAAUUGAUUUAUUGUCGAAAGAACAAAUGGAGUCCUGGAGGAAGUGGUUCAUCGAAAAUGAUAUAGAUGCUGUUUUUUGGUCGGCUUUGGAGCCAGAAGCUAACUGUGCUGGGAUUAUGGAGAUGAAUACACAUGACGGAAGUGAAUUAUCUGAUAGUGCAGAUGGAAGUGAAAAGAAAAUAGGAAAUAGAGAACAAGAUUCCGAUGGGUCAUUCAACGAUAUAAAUGAAGGCGACGAUGAUGAUAAACAUAACCAUAGUUGUAGAACAAGGCUAUCACAAAAUAUUGAUGUUUCAGAACAAAAAAUUCCAAUUAUACAUUGCGCUGCGGAGUUGAUAUUGUUUUUAAAAUCUCGAGCUCAUAUCAUAGAAAGGCGUCCUUUUGUUGUUGGAAUGGUUGGUUAUCCAAAUGUUGGUAAAAGUUCUACGAUAAAUAAGUUAUUGGAUCGGAAGAAAGUAUCAGUAUCAGCUACGCCUGGGAAAACUCGCCACCUUCAAACAUUAGUGGUUGAUGAGGAGCUUACUCUAUGUGACUGUCCAGGACUUGUGAUGCCAUCAUUUGCAUUAAGCCGAAGUGAAAUGAUUUUAAAUGGAAUUCUUUCGAUUGAUCAUAUGCACGAAUACUUAUCACCUGUUGAAUUACUGUUGACACGGGUCCCGCGAAGAUAUUUUGAGAAAAUUUAUUCGGUAAUGUUGACGAGUACUGCCGAUGAUGAUAGUAAUGAGGAAGCAUUACUUAGUGCGCAUGAUCUGCUUACAGCAGUUGCAUUUAUUAGAGGCUAUAUGUCAUCGUCUGGUGUAGCGGAUUGUUCACGAGCAGCACGUUUAAUACUGAAAGAUGUUGUAAAUGGUAAAGUGAAAUGGGUUGCUGCACCACCAGAUGUAGACCAAAAGGAAUUUGAUAAGCUAACAUACGAUGUUUUGAAUGAAGCAAGUUCAGUGAAAUCGAAGCUUAAUAGUGGCAUUAUGCAGCAGCUGGAAAAGCGUCAUUUGUUACAAGAUAUGAAACCAUCAGACAAGUUGCUGGACAAACAAUUUUUUCUUGGUUCAAACAGUCAGGUCCAUGUUCGUUCUUUGCGUUCAGUGCCGAAUUUUGCUUCAUCGCAAAGAGAUGAAAUUCGACCAUCAAAGAAACAUUUCAAUAAAAGUAAACGCGAGAAAUUACGAAGGAUUUUUGUUGAUUAA